GCCAAUCUCACACAGUACCGUCCGGGGAAAACCUACUUUAUGUUCCCUGGUCGAUAUCGGCCUGUGCCGGGUGAUACCGGACGGUCCGUGCUUUACCAGGUUGUAAUUAUACGACCGGCUGACAAGGCAAUUCAAUAUGUCUGCGCCCACGUUGACGCAGAAACAAAUCCAGCAGACUAUCAGGAAGGGGAAUAGUAAGCAGGCGACGAAAACCGCGUUAUCAAAUCCUUACAACAUACAAUGCACGUUGAAGUCACUUGAUAUUGCAAGACCUAAAAGCUAUAAGAGAAAGAAAAAGAAGACAGAAGAUUCAAAGAAAGAUAGUGUUUUGCCAAGGGAUGAGGAAAGACAAGCCAUCAGAAAGCAGCUCCUGCUUGGUGUGAAUCAGGUAACCAGAGGCUUGGAGAAAGAUGAGGUACGAUUGGUUAUCGUGUGUCGAUCUGCCAAACCUGUCAUCAUAACACAGCAUCUGAUUGGUUUAGCCAGCUUGAGGAGAUGUCCAGCUAUCUGUAUCAAUGAUCUCAACAAGGCUGUGGGUGAGGCCAUGAACAUAACAUCUGCUGUGGCUGUUGGAUUCAAGAAAAUUUCCAAAGAUGCAGAUCCAAGUGUAUUUGAUGACCUGGUGGAAUUCACUACUAAACAUACCCCUGAAAUAACACUGGCCUGGCUUCCUGAAAGUUCGGGGGACACUUUAAAAAUGGAGACCCGUUUGGAGGAAAUGGAUACCACUACAAAGGACGAGAGUCGAAACACUCUCCAUGUUGAAGAUACCUCUGAUCAUUCAGUGAAGAAUGAAAGUACAAAUUUAUCAUGUAUUGAAAAUAGUGACAUUAGGACUGAACCGGCUGAUCUUGAUAUUGGGGAAAAGUUCUUUAAAGAUUCCUCCCACAAUGUUAGGUCACGCAUAAAGCCAGCAGAUCAAACUAAAAUGGACUACUCACAUUUCUAUGUGUAUAAAUCAUUAGCCACAAACAAAGAAAAGAAAUGGCCCGAGUUUCUCCGAUUCUCCAGUGAACCGGAAGAGUCUGUAGAGUAUAAAAACAUGACAGUUCAGGAAAGUUUAAAAAAUCCACAACAACAUUCUGUAAAAUAUGAAAAGGUAUCAGUACAAAGGAUUCCUGCAAAUCCUGAUAGAAAGAAAAGAAAACGGAAAUUAAAAAUUUAGGGAAUGGAAUUUGCAUUAAAAGCUUAAAUAAAACUGGAAUAUGUACUUAAUGUGUGUUAUCCUGUUUGUCUGCAAAUAUUAAGCCUUCGCCUGUAAUAAGCCCAUCCGUGUGUUUUGCAGCUCAGUAGAAAUGCUUAUGAUUGUUAUUUCCAACAUAUUAUUGUUCCCAUGGCUUAUUCAAGGAUAAAUAUUAUGUACUUCUAUCUUGUAAAAGAGAAGGAAUUUUUGUCUGCACCAUCAAAUGUGAUCAAAAGAAAUUUCCUUCAUAAAGAAACUCGUCAUAUAGGAACGAAGUCAUCUUCUGCCAGUUGAGUUGACCAUCCAUCCGUCAAGUACAAGAUCCUGUCUAGACCACUCUUCCUACAAUUCUCAAUAAAACUUUGUGAAGCA